AUGAGUAGAGCCACUAUCGUCGUCAUCGGCGCCUCAUACUGCGGACUUGGAGUUGCAAAUGGGCUUCUGAAAUCUGAGUCCGAUAAGGUCAAGAUUGUCCUAAUCAAUCCCUCAGAGAAGGUUUAUUUCAACAUUGCGGCCCCUCGCAUUCUCGCAAAACCCGAAUUCUUCCAGCCCAAUCAAUACCUCCUCCCAAUCGAAAGUUCAUUUUCGAAGUACCCAAAGGAGUCAUUCGAAUUCAUCAAAGGAAGCGCAAGUCGCAUAGACACCACCUCAAAACUGGUCGAAUUGUCAUCACAGCAACCUCCUAUCUCCUAUGACUAUCUCGUGAUCGCAUCUGGUAGCACAACCUCAUCCUCGGUUGAUGGAGAAUUAGCUCCUUUCAAGCCCAUGAAAGAUCAUGACCUCGAAGCCUCCAUUAGCUCCAUCCAAAAGGCUAUCUCUAACGCGAACAGUGUUAUCAUUGGCGGAGCAGGCCCAGUUGGUGUUGAGUUUGCUGGAGAGCUUGCAGAGGCAUUCAAAGACAAAGAAGACACCUCAAUCACUCUCAUUUCGGCAUCAGAACGCGUUCUGCCGAUGCUGAAGGAGAAAGGCAGUCUGGCAGCAGAGAAUGCACUUGCAGACAAAGGCAUCAAGGUCAUAGCCUCGACCAAGGUUGCAAAUGCUGUACGCAGCGCAUCUGGUAGCCAAACUGCGUGGGUUGUCAACCUGGACAAUGGCGAACAGCUCCAGGCAGACCUCUACAUCUCCACGACCGGUGCGCUUCCCAACAACCAGUUUAUUCCAGCUGAAUUUCUCUCAGCUGAUGGCUGGGUCAACGUGGAUGAGAACCUUCGCGUCACGGGAGGUUCAGAAGAUUGCCUUAUCUACGCACUCGGCGAUAUUACCACUCAGCCGCUGCGCACUGCGAUCAAGCUUGCGGAUCAGAUCCCCGUCGUUGUUUCCAAUCUCAAAGUCGCAAUCCUUGGCACAGGAAAGCUUGUUAACUACAACCCCAACGGAUCUUUCAUGAUGGUUGUGCCCAUUGGUGAAAGUACCGGAACUGGUCAGAUGUUUGGAUGGAAACCUUGGGGAAUGAUGGUUUCGAUGAUCAAGGGGAGAGACUUUUUCAUUUCAAAGGCUGCUGGCAUGCUGGGGCUGAAUUAG